AUGCCAUUAAAUGUUCAGGGAGGAAAAAAAAAGCCACUGAAAGCUCCAAAAAAGGGAACAACAGAAAUAACAGAAGAAGAAAAAUCAUUUAAAAAAGAAAUGGCAGAGAAAAAAAAAGCUGAGGAAGAAGCUAAACAAAAGUUAUUAAAAGCAAAAAAAAAAUAA